AUGCUGCCUUCAACCGCGCAGGGUCGACAGCCGCUGGUGGGGCCCGAAGGCUCGGGCGGGGCUUCGUCGGAUCCCUCAUGGGUGGGCGCUGACUCUUCUGCGCCUUCGUUUGCUUCUUCGUUCGCUCCUUCGUCCGGGUCCCCAGGCUCGACGUCUGCUCUCCCCCCGUCUUCUAGUUUGUUGCAAGGAAAUCCAGGCCCGCGCGCCGCGACGCUGCCUCAGCAUCCUCCACUCGACAUGCCUCCGCAGGCCGGCGGCGCCCGGGCUGCGGGCCUUCCUUCUCCAGCGCCAAACACUGUGCGGCCUCCUGGGCAGUGCGCAGUUGGAGGAGGCUAUGGGCUCGCGGGUCUCGCCCGCGGCGACGCUGCGCCCCUUCCUUCUUCUGGCUCGCCCGCCGAUCAGUUCCCUCUCACGUCUCCUCCUCGACCCUCUGUCCGGUCUCCGCUGCAGCAAACUGGCGGAUCCGCGACCCCUUUUGGCGCCGCAGCGAGGCCCGCGCCUGGGGCUUCGCACCUCCCCACGCCGAGCGCACCGAGCGCUCAAAAUCUGAGCCCUUCUUCGUCUUCGUCUCUGGUUGCAGCUUCGCCUCAGCCCUCGGGGGCUCCGCCUGCUGACCGGCGGCCGUCGCCCCCGCCUCCGUCUCUGGUGCCCGCGCCUUCUCCCUCGGCCUCCGGUGGGUCGGGGAGUGCCUUGUUCGGGCGUGCAAGCCCGCCCGCAGUGUCUGCUGCUGGGCCGCCGCCUCCUCUGGCUUCGCUUUCUGCUCUCCGCGGCGCCGGCAGCUUCAAUCCGUCACUUUUCGCGUCGCCUUCAGGCGCCCUCCCCUCCGCGACGCGCGGCGCGCUCGCGUCCUCCCCGGGGCAACCUGCCGCCGCAGACGCGCCGUCGUCGACUGCCGGCGGCCUUCCGCAGGAGGGGGGGGGACGGCCACCCGUCUCUCUGCUGAAUGUGUUCGGACCGGGCUCCGCCGUGUCUGCGUCGCUCGCGGCUGCGUCGCUCUCGGGGUUCUCCGGCGCGCCGCUGGCGGGCCUUCCAGCUCCUCAACUGGCCUCCCUCGCCAACGCUCUGCAUCCCGGCGGGGGCGGCGCCGCUCGCGCCUCAACCGCCGCACUCGCACGACCCCUCGCCCCGCACGCAGCGGCGGCAGGGGAGGGCCUCGCGGCGUCGGCGUUUCUGUCGGUGGCCGCGGGGUCGGCUGCCGCCAGCGUCGACCCCACAACCGGCGGCGGCGCUCCUGCGGGCAAGGCCUCCAAGCCCGCGCCUCCCGCGCUCAGCGCACCUUCGGUCUCUGCGGCGCGCCCUUCAGGCUCGACUGCCAGCGCCAGGGUCGGAGGCUUGGCUCAGCGAGGAAGCGCGGGCGGCGCGGAGGGGAAGCGCUUGCCGUCGGUUUCCGCCGCGUCGCCGAGUUCGCGCGCGGCUACGGGCGCCAGCCCUCUCCACGGAGGAGCGGGGUUCGCGAAGAAGAGCGACGGAAGGCCGAGACUGAGUCCUGAGGCGGCGCCGGUCUCCGGCGACGCAAGUGUGGCUGAUGCCUCGCACCGGUCGCUGGCGCAUCUCGCGCAGCUUCCCUUCGCGGGUCUGAAGGACGAGACGCCUUUGUCUUCGGCGGACACGCUUCUCGCACAGGAACUCGCGAGCCUCCGCGCCUCCUCUCCCCUGCAGCAGUUGAACGACUCCGCGCUGGCUGCUGCUCAGGGGCCGGGCUCCGGGUCGGUGCCGGCGGUGGAGGGCCGCUUCUACAGCUCGUUCUGCCGGUUGUUGUACGAGCUCUCGCUUCGGCAAGUGUCUCUCGUCGACAAGCGCGGAUCGGCAGUUCGAGCGACUCGUGCUGCAGGCCCGCGCGUACGUCCACCUGCUGUCGCAGAAGCCCUUGGAAGAAACGCAGCUGCAGCAACUCCGACUCCUGCCCAGCCUCGGAUUCUCCGUCGACUGUGCCUUCCGCGACGCCGUCCGCGCCUACCGGGCGUCGCUCGGGGCAUCUGGGCCGCAGAGCCGCGCGAGCAGCGCGGCGACCGCCGGGGGGGGGGCGCGGGAGGCGCCGCAGCCGGAGUGCAAAAGGGGGCAGGAGCGGGGGCGGCUGCGGGGCCCAAGGCAGCUCGCGCGCAGGCACUGCAGAAGAGGAGGGAGCGGUCGAUUUUUGUGGAGUUGAAGCAGACGGCAGACGCUGUUGAGCGCGACGAGACGGCCAGGCGUCUCCGGCGGCGAGUCGAGAGCCUCGACAAGCGCCUCGCGCAAGUCAAGACCAUCGCAGCCUCCGAGGGGCGGCGGCAAGCGCGCGCCGACGGAGGCGGAGCCAUCGAGGAGGCGCAGCCGAGCGCAGAGGAGGGUGGCGGCGUCGAGGGCGAGUUGAAGGAGGAGGUCCGCGCGGAGACAGGAGAGACUGGAGAUCAGGCAUGUGAAGAAAACCGCGGCGAGGCGGGAGAAGGAGACGCACCAGAGAAGAAGGAAGACGGGGAGGGCGGCCCGCGGGGGGACUCUCGAUCCGCAGAGCUGUUCGCUGUUCAGGUGAAAAAGGAGGAGAAGCCGGCACAGUCUGCGUUGCACCAGGCGGAGAAUCAAGAGGACGUUAAAAUGGAGGCCAGCGCCGAUGAGCACGUUGAUGUAAGUGCGGAGAAGAAUCACGCCGUUGUACCGGGCGGCGCCGCGCGAGUCGCGAGCCACACCGUGUUUUCCAGCGAGGGAGAAGACGGUGCUGACGAGGUCUACACCGUCUACACCGUCGAGGAUGAGGGUGCCGUCUCGCUGGACGACCCGACGGCGUGCGACUCCUUCGUUGAAGAGUCGCUAGGCCCGACGGCCGCGGCAUGCAUCGAAGGCUUGCGCGAGGAACCCGGGGCUUCCGGCGCGGAGUCGCGGUCGCUGACGUGGGCGUUGGCGACGUCGCUCGCAGACUCACUCCGACGCGCGUGUCUGCACACGCGCCUUGUCCCGCUCCUUCCGCUGCAGACGUCGUUGCGGCAGGAAGUGUGUCUGCAGCGACUGCUGGAGGAGGCGCCGGAGGCGCUGCCUCCGCUGCUCCAUGUGAGUGUGCGUACCGCGCGGAAGCACCGACUCCUGCGCGAGCAGCGCGAGAACGCAGAGGCCUAUCUGGAGACGAAGGGGCGGCAGACGCAGCGCCGCCAGGUCUUCCUCUCGGCUCUGCUUGAAGUUCACCGGCGGAACUUCAUCAACACGCACCGCGAGAGUCUGAAGCAGAUUCGGCGCGUGGCGGCUGCAGUGAAGCGGAGGCGCGCGUGCUUCCUGGGCGAGAACGAAGACGAGGGUACGGCCGACAGCGCGACAACCGUCAGCCCCGAGCGACUCGGCGACGACGGGCGCGGCCGCCACUGCGGUCACCACCUCCAUCCGACGAAGUGCGGGUGCCCCGCCGCUGCCGCCGACCUCGCAGCGGUAAAGCGAAGAGAGCGGCUGGACGCGCUCAAGAAACACGAUGAAGCCGCCUACCUGGCGCUCCUUCAGGAGACGAAGAACGAGCGAUUGCUGCAGCUCGUCCGCCAGACGGAGGAGUACAUGCGCAAGAUGGGCGAUCUCAUCAUUGAGCAGCGCGAACGCGAAGGCGAAAUCGAAUUGGAUCCGCUGGACUUGCCCUCUGCCGAGGAGCCCGGCUCGGCGUCGGCCUCCGCGGCUGAGGGGGCGAAGGGCGAGGAGGCGGAGACCAAGGAGACGGGGGGUCCGGAAGGAAAGGCCGAAGGCGAGGGCGGCGAGAAGGAUGGGGGCGACGCGACGGAGGAGGAGAAGAAGAACAAGGAGUCGCUCUCCUCGUUCCUGCUCUCCAAAGAGAGAUAUUACCGCCUCACACACGCGAAGCGCGUGCGCGUCACCGAACUCCCUCGCUGCCUUAAGGGCGGCUCGCUGCGCUCCUACCAGAUGGAAGGCCUCAACUGGAUGGCGUCGCUCUACAACAACGGGCUCAACGGCAUUCUCGCGGACUCCAUGGGUCUGGGGAAGACGGUGCAGACGGUGUCUUUCCUGGCGUACCUACACGAGGUGAAGCGCGUGCGGAAUCCGUUUUUGAUUGUCGCGCCGCUGUCGACGAUUCACGGGAACUGGCGAUCGGAGCUGAAAAAAUGGUGGCCGUCCAUCAACUUGGUCGUCUACGAGGGCACCAAGGAGUACCGCAAGCAGCUCCGCAGCCGCAUCGUCGGCGGGCUCCACAGCCGCGGGCCGGGUUCCGGCUCCGGCGCCGCGACCGCGCUGGGCCCCGACGGGGUCGCGGCCGCGGCCGCGGGGGCUGAGGGCGACCGUGCGCGCGCGCCUGACGGCGGCAAGGACGGCGCCAACAAACUCGGCGCCAAGGGCUUCGUGGAGCCCUACUUCCACGCGCUUCUCACAACGGAUGCAGUCAUUUUGAGAGACAAGAGUUUCCUAAGAAAAAUCAAAUGGGAGUACUUGGUCGUCGACGAGGCGCACAGGCUGAAAAAUCCAAACAGCAAGCUCGUACAGACGCUCAACACCGGCUUCCACAUCAGACGGCGCCUUGCUCUUACGGGGACGCCACUACAGAACGACAUCGUGGAGGUGUGGGCUCUUUUGAAUUUUCUGAUGCCUGCAAUUUUCAACGCGAAACUGAAUUUCGAGCAGUGGCUUAACGUGCCGCUGGCGGCGCCCCCAACUCUGUUUGGAGGAAGCCACGCACAGCAAGAUGAACACCUGCUCAACGUCACGGAAGAAGAAAAGCUUCUCAUCGUCGAUCGCCUCCACAAGGUUCUGAGGCCUUUCCUUCUGCGUCGUGAAAAGGCGGAAGUCGCGAACGAGCUGCCCUCGAAGCAGGAGGAAAUCGUCUGGUGCCCUCUGUCCGGAGUACAGAGAUACCUCUACAAAAUGAUCGAGGGAAAUCCUGUCGGCCAAAAUCGCAUGGUUCAACUGCGCAAAAUCUGUAACCACCCGUAUCUUUUCUGCUACUCCAACUACACACCGGACGAAAGUAUGGUGCGGUGCUGCGGCAAGUUUGCGAUGCUUGACGUGCUGCUGCCUGCGCUGAAACUCGGCAAUCACCGAGUGCUGAUCUUCUCGCAAAUGACCAAGCUGCUGGACAUCCUCGAGGUUUACUUGUCGAUGCGGGGCCACAAGUACCUUCGCUUGGAUGGCGGCACAAGCAGUGAAGAGCGCCAGAAGCGGCUUACGCUGUACAACCAAGAAGGCAGCGAGUUUUUCAUCUUCAUCCUCAGCACGAAAGCGGGCGGGCUGGGCGUGAACCUGCAGAGCGCCGACACAGUCAUCAUUUUUGACUCAGACUGGAAUCCGCAGAACGACGAGCAAGCGCAGUCCAGGGCGCACCGUAUCGGGCAGAAAAAGGAAGUCUUGACGCUGCGCUUCAUCAGCGUGGAGUCGAUUGAAGAGCAGAUUCUCCAGCGCGCCGAGUGCAAACUGGAUAAAGACAAACUUGUCAUUCAGAGCGGCAUGUACUACGGCCACGGUCAGGAGGAGGUCCACGACCCUUCCAGAGACCUCGAGAGAACCAACCAAGUGCGCGAGAUCCUUCGGAAGCAGAGGCAGUUGGAUGUCAACUUGACGCGGGCGCUCGACCUGCAGCUGCUCAAGCGGCAGAUCGCGAGGACGCCAGAAGACAUGCUUGUCUUCGAGAAAGCAGAUCGCUUCCGGAAGCUGCUCCAUGUACCUGGGCUGAUCUCGAAUGAGACGCUGCCGCCGUGCCUUUUUAGCUGGUCGCGGGCGGCGGAGCGAGCCCAGGAGGCGCUCGUCUCGGCGCAUCAGAAGAAGCAGGCGGAGGACGCGUGGAAGAGCGUCUACGCGCGAUCUGACUUUUGGACAAUGCGCGAGGAGAAGGCCCAGGCCUCCGCCGAGAGCCCUGCAGAUGCGACACUCGCGGCGAUAGGCGCGGGAGACAGCGACAGCGCGGCAGAGAACGCCGCGAGCGACGCGCAGAAAAAAGACCCAGCGCUCGCCGCGACUGCGGCCGCGCCAGAAGCCCCGACAGACGCGGCGGAAGCGGCGGAAUUAGAGGGGAGGGUGGAAAAGAAGCAAGAGGCGAGCGCGCCGUCCAGCGUGGAGGGGACGCCCGCGCCGUUAAAGGCAGAGGAGGGCGAGGAAGGCAAAUCGAUCGAUGAGACGGCGGACUUACCGGGGAACACAACCGCGAACGAAGAAGCGACGGCAGCCUCUGCGCUCGCCGCGCGCGGGGUGGAUCUGGCGCUCUGGCGGGAAAAGAUCAACUCUUGCAUUCGCGAGGCCCUCAAUGCAGCGAUCGCUUGCAGAGAUUUUGACGUCUUCGUGGAGCUGCCAUCGAAGGAGCUCUACAAAGACUACUUCGAGCGGAUCAAGAAACCCAUCUGCCUCUUGGACAUCCGCCUCUCCGCAGACAAACAGGAGUUCACUUGUCUGCCGAAAUUGGAGAAGUACUUGACGCGCUUGGCUGAGAAUGCGCGGAGCUACAACGGAGCUGAAUCGCCGAUUUUCCUGCGGGCGGUGGAAUGCAUGGGCUUCGUGAUGCGCGAAAGCCGGCGCCGGUUGUGCGUGGCGUUCUAUUCUCUGAUUGACGCGGAGGAAGCCGGGAAAGUUCUGCGGCUGCUGGACUCGGUGUUCGCCGUGGACAGUUCCGCGGCUGCGGCGGACGGCGUGGACUCGGCGCUGCUCGCGGGCAUGUCCGGCAAGCACGGAGAGGGCUACGAGGAGGAAGAAGACGAGGCUUCCUCCGUCGUAUCGGGGUCCCGAGUGUCGCUCAACAGCGGCUCGUCCCGCAUCCGCCUCUUCACCCGUGCGCCGCCCGGCGCCGCCCCGUGCGCGCGACCUCCAUUCCCGCCCGCCGGCGGCGCGUUCCCUGCUGGGGCGGACGGAGUCGCGAAUAGACUAGGGGCGGCUGCGGGCAAUGCAGCCGCGUUUCCUUCGGUGUUUCCCUCCCGUCCCUUCCCGGCUGCGGCGUCGCCCUUCCCGCAGUCAGCGUCGCUCUCCUCCUCUGAGUUCUCGCCUGCGUUCCCAGGGAAGGCUGAGAAAGCGGGGCGAUCACUGCAGCCGCAUACGCCAGCCUACCUCGAGGUUGUCCCCACGAGCGUGAACGAGGCGCCGUUUCCAUCCUCCUUCCCUUCGUCACAGCCCAGCGGUGGGGGGAGGCCGCUGCUGCAGGUCAAUCCCGUGCGAAUCAGCUUGUCGUCUGCGUCGCGCGGCGGGGGGCCUAAGGGUCUCCUGGACUCGCCCGGCGGUGCGGAAGGCUCGCUUGGGACCCACGGCGAGACCGGCGCCCCGGUCGCGCAGGCCGCGGCGACGCGAGGGUUUGCCUCGCGAUUCCCCGCCUCCUCGCCGGCUGGCAGCGCAGAGGGCGGUGCUGCUGCAGGCGAGCAGGACGAGAGAAGAGCGAGAGGGAGCGCGGCGGCGAAGCGAGGCCGGAAGCGCGGGCGCCCGUCGAGGAAAGAUCUUGAGAGCGCCGCGCUGCAGGCCGCCGCGAGGCACGCAGCCCCGCUUCCGAACGGCGAGGCAGGAUUUGGUGUGGCUAACCCGUCCGCGUUUCCUUCCUACACCCCGGUGCCUGCCUUCCCGUCAGCCGCCCCAGUCCCCUUCCGCGCGUCGCCUGGCUUUCCGACCGUCGGGGGCGCUUCCCCGCCGACCGCGGUCGGUGGCGAUGUCCCUGUGGGGCCCGCCGGCGGGCCGGAGGCGGACGACCACGAGGACAGCGAGCGGGGCAGGAAAGAGAAGAAGAAGAAAAAGAAAGACAAGAAGGAGAGGGGGGACGACGACGAGAGCGCAGGCGGAGGAGGCGAGACCAAGAGGCGAAAGAAAGACCGAGAUCCUCGAAGCGAGCGGCUCGAGGAAGAACUCGACAGGCCGGGGUCUCUUCCGUCUCCAGGGGAGUUCCCUGGGCGCGUGUUCCCCCCGCGCGCGGCGCCGGGCGAACACCUUCCCUCCUCCUUUCCUGCGCCCGCGGACGCAGCGGCAACUGGAGCAAAGAAGUUUCGUAUUCGCCUGCUCCCAGGGCCGCCUUCUUUCCCUUCGUCAUCUGCGUCUCUGCCGUCUUCGUCUUUUCCUUCUCCGGGAACCAGCGGCUCGUUCCCCAGUGCAGCCGCUCCGCGCGCGUAUCCGCCGCCGGCUAGCCCUCCGCCCGCCGCGAACGCUUUUCCUGCCUCCGCUCCUCAGCGACCCGCAGACGCAGGCGGCCACGGGAUAAACUCAGCCGCGCCCGCGCCCAAGUUCCGCAUUCGCAUCGCCCCCCACCCACCGCAGCCACAGUGA